UUCACACAGUGUUAAAUUUAUACUUUCGUAAAUCAUUAUAGACCUGCUUAAUGUUCUACUGUACAUCUGUCGAAGAUAAUUAUACGACAACUUACGGAACGAUUAGCGAAAAAGAAUGAUAACAUUAGGAAACAAACAUAUAGUCAUUUCAUUGGCAGCCGUUUGCUUUGCGCGGGAGCCUGAAUGUUCGCGGUUUCAUUACGAGGAAAAGUUGUUAGAAAAAGCGAUCAGAUCGGAAAUCAGAAUGGAAGCGUUUGGUGAUUCAUUGAAAGAGGCAACUAGCUCCAUGGAUGUACAAAGGCAACAGAUUACAGAACUAACAAAUGCAAUGCAAAAGCAACAGGAGAAAAUUGAAUCACUGAAGACCGGGGAAGUAAAGAGCAGCGGUUUAUUCACGCGAUGGGGUCGGCGGUCAUGCCCUGGAAGCACGGAGCUGGUGUACGAAGGGUUUGCUGGCGGCGGUCAUUACAAUGAAAAAGGAGCGAGCAGUAAUUACAUUUGUCUGCCGCACGACCCAAUCUAUGACGACGAUGGACGGAAUGCGGGUUCCGUUAGCAAGGUUUACGGUGCUGAGUAUCAAACAAGUUCUGCAACGUUUCAUACGAGUUUACACGACGAAGACGUUCCGUGUGCCGUCUGCCGCGUUGUUGGAAGAAACGUUGUCAUGAUUCCAGCAAGGAAUGCCUGUUAUAGCGGAUGGCAUACCGAGUACUCUGGAUAUUUGAUGUCGGAGCAUUAUAGUCAUUUUGGGAACAAGGAACUCGUUUGCAUGGACGGAAUUCCUGAAAAGGCGGAAGGAAGUAAUGCUGGUAACCAAGAUGGUGCUUUGCUUUUCUUUGUUCAGGCUAUUUGUGGUUCUUUAAAAUGUCCCCCAUAUAGCGAGAACAAGGCGUUAAUAUGUGUGGUGUGUUCGAAAUAGAUGUAAGAACAUUUUAUUUAUUUAUCGAAAACAACCUACAUUUAUAUAAGCACGAUCCUGUAUUUAAGAAUCUUGUGGACACAAAAUUCAACUUUUGACAUUAAAACAUGUUUUAAGAACAAGUAGAUAUGCAAAUAAAAACCCACCAAUGUUCCAAUAAAAGUAAUUAAUUUCCAUUUUGGUCUUGGUUAUUAAAUGACUUUAAAGUUAAUUUGUUCAGACCAGAUGUCUUUUUUUUUCGAAUAAUUUUGUGCCAAUCAUACCUAGGUGAGUGAAUGUUGCACAAUUUAUUCCAUGAUAAGGAUUCUUGUCUUUGUCAAUACUCAAUACUGACAGUGAAAAAUACACAUACACGUUUAAUAUAUAUUGUUGAUGAAACUAUUAACUUGAAUAGUGGUGUUUAUUUUUUUCUACUAUAAGUUUCACCUUGUAAUAUAGUGAUUUUUUAAUUUAGUAUCCUUUCAUUGUAAAUAGUGUAUUUUAAUCAUGCCAAUUUCAAGACAUUUUGGGAAAUAUAAGUGUUUUGUUUCAUAAAAUUCUCCAGAGUCUCUAUCGGUCUGUUCAGUGGAAACACGCGAUUGUUAAAAUUAUUGCAAACACUUUUAAAGAACGCGCGAACGUAUUAUUCUCACAACAAACUGGUAGUAAGUGUGCGCUGCAGUCUAACUAAUUUUGUGUCCCGAACCAUCUAGGUUUUAAUCUUGGUCAAUCUGGUUUCUUUACAUUUAAGAUCGAAUGUCCACAUCAUCGCUUAUUGGACUUGCCAGCAAGUCUUUUCCUGCUCUGCACGAAUCCUGUUACAAGCUCUUGAUUUUAAGACUGUGUUUGUUCUUAAUUAUAGCCGCGUCUUUUAUGACACAUUGUUGUCUUAUCAAGAUUUAUGUCGCAGUAUGAUCUUUGUAAUCAUACGCGGUAAUUACCGUGACAAGCCCGGAAGCCAAGGCACAAGGCUAAUGUCAAACAUCUAAGUUUUUUAAGACAAUUUGUAUUGCCAUUUAAGUAUAUUAAUCAAAUGUCUACCGGAAUAUGCUGCUUCGAGAUGUAUAUUGGAGAUUGAACAAGUCCCCACUUGUCAUUUAUGUUUGUAUUUACUGAACAAAUGCAUAACAUUAUGAACAUUAAGAAUAUUGUAGCCCUCAUUUGUAACAUAAAAUGUACGAAACAUUAAAUAAGUUGUGCAUGCAUGAUAACAUGUUAAUACUUCUAUGUUGAAAACAAAAUGUUUGUACAUUUUGCUUUGUCAAUUUAUUUUUGUAUUAAAUUAUGUGGAACUUAUUGUGGUUCGAUUUCCAUUCUUAUUUUCAGGAAUUUUAAGUAAGUGUUUUAUCUAGAUAAAGUAUCUCUAUAUUACAUGCUUAGAAUAAACACAUUCAUUGAAAUAUUUAUAAACGUCCUUGUGUUCCUGUCAUUUCACACCAAAGUGCGUAACCUUUCGUGUCUGUUGUUUUUGCAAUACCUUGUUGAGAUAACACCAUAAAUCUUGACAAACUUGACAUUCUAGUUGAAGUGUAAUGAAGUGAUUUAUAUAUCACAGUGGCAGAGGGGACAUAAUGCUUUAUUGUUUAACACUUAAAUAAACAUUUAUGUGUGGGUUAAAAUCGAGUUAUAAACGGCUUUUAAAUAUACUCAUGCUGUAUAUUGUUUCCAGUUUUAUAUAACUAUCACUUAUUUUUGUACGUGUGUACUGUAACAAUGCCUUACUUAUAUUAGUCAGGACA